AUGCCCGGGACGCCGGAGGCGCUCGUCGAGACGGCCGCGCCGCAGGGGGGCAUGCCCAGGACGCCGGAGGACCUCGUCGAGACGGCCGCGCCGCAGGAGGGCAUCCCUAGGACGCCGGAGGACCUCGUCGAGUCGACCGCGCCGCAAGGGGGCAUCCCCAGGACGCCGGAGGACCUCGCGGGCAUGCCCAGGACACCGGAGGACCUCUUCGCGCUGGCGGGCAUUCCGAGCACGCCAGUGGAGGCGUUCAGGCCGCGACCGCCGCCGUUGGCUGCCGCCGCCGCGCGCAGGCCGCACGAGCAGCACAGCGGGCCGCAGCCGUACGCAGAGGCCAGUCCAGAGGAGCUCGAUGCGAUCAAGAAGGCGCGCGAGUUCCUGGUGGGCCCAGAGGCGCCGCUGGGCCAGCCGGCGACGGCGGCGGCGGCCGUGGCCGCGGCCGCGGCGGCCGCCGCGACCGGCGCGGAGGCGCCCGGGCAGCCCUGCCUGGCAGCCGCCGAUGCGCGCGGGUGCGCUCCCGCCGCGCUGCGCCAGCCGCCACCCGCCCUGGAGCCCACGCCGCGGGCGCCGAAGACGCCGCCGAGGCACGCGCCCGCGGACGCGGCCCCGCGCGACACGGCGCCCCAGACCACGCAGCGCAACCAGCUGGAGAUCUCCCAUUACAGCGCGAUGAGGGAGAAGGCCGACCGCUUUGCCAGGUUCGGCGACGACAGCAGCCCCAGGCACGUGCGCACCAUCGUGGGCUCCAGCAUCUACCGGCCCGGGCAGAAGGCGGAGAACGUGUACGGAUGCAGCAUCACCGCGGGCUCGAGGGUGGCGCAGGAGAUCCAGGUCAGCCGCGGCCUGGGCCGCACCCACAGCGGUGGCUUCCUCCAUGGCGCGAAGAUCGGCGAGCUCGGACCAGACGGGCUUCUUGCUCCUGCGGGCAGUCGUCGGCUUCUGGCCGGAGCGGGCCAGGGCCAGCAGAUCUUGUACAGCCCGACCAGCGGCUUGCUCGGGUGA